AUGCGUCUGGCCCCGGAGCCCUGGCGGCACAGCCGGUCUUGGGGGAACCGCGCCGGCUGCCACUCGUGUGAGUACGGCUUAUGUCGUCAGCUCUCGCGACCCGAGCGCGGGCGAUAUCAGCAGAGUGAGGAGAAGGUACAAGGUGUUUUGCACUCAGCUAAGAAGGGCAAGGGCCGCAAGAGAUGGUCCAGACUGAGGAAAAAGGAGCCAUCUGAGGCGCUGAGUCCGCGGCCCGCUCUACGACACUGCUCCCACCGCCCUAUCAAGUACUUUGCGCAGCUGCGGGCAGAGCCUUGGUGGUUCAUGCGGUACUUUUGCGGGGCCAUAAAAAGAUGCCCCUUUGUCAAGGCGCAGGGCUUCGCUCGGGACAAACUUCCUCGGCCGCCCCGCUCCCCGCCCCUCGGCCCGGCCGCCCCGCCGAGUCGGGCGCCCCUCCCGGAGCCGCGGCCCGCGGCGGCCCGAGGGUGGGCGCGGGGAGCCCCAGGGCCCCGCCGGCCCGCGGAAACUUCCAGCCGCCCCGCCGCGGCCCCUGGCCGCACGCCCCCCGCCCCUGCCCCUUCACCUCCUGGGGCGCGGUCUACACCCUCCGGGGCGUCCUCGCCCGCGGCUCCGGGGCCUCGCGCGCCGGGGGACCGGGCGCCGGUGGCUGGAGCUGCUGUUGGCCCCGCGGGGACGGGGGAGCCCCGGGCGGCGGCGACGCGGGCGGCGGCUGCUCCAUCUUCCCGGGGCGCUCACGCCGAGGUUCCAGCGCGCAGACCCAAGUGGGACAUUCGCUACAUUGUUGGCAUUCCACGGGCGUCACGUGACCCCGCCUCCCGCGUCACUCUCGGCCGCAUACCAGCCCGGGCGGGGCGCCUGCGGCCCUGGCUGCUCGGCGGCCGGCCCGCCCCGCUCCGCCCCGCCGCCGCUUCCUGCCUCCCGGUCGCGGCCGCCCCAGCCCGCCGCCACCUGCCCGCGGCCUCCCCGCCGGCGCUCGCGGACCUUUCUGCCCCUCUGUCACCCGCCCCCGGCUCCAGUACUGCCCCUUCGACUGCGCUGGUAUAAAAGUUGGUAACUCCGUCCUUAAAGCCGCCGUUAGGCAUCUCAGACCAGCCUUGGUGGAGAAAACAUGGAGACUGCAGGAAGAUGCACCCAAUUCAGGACAGCUGUUGCCUACGUGGAAGGAGGGAAACCAGACUGAGGAGGGAAGAAUGAGGACUUCAACUUUACCUCCAGUGUGUUACUUCUUGUAUUUAAAAAAGCGAUGCCGAACUGUCAAAACCUUAAAAUUUGUGGAUUCCGGGCAAGUAGGUUCAAUCAUGCGUGCUGUGUUA